AUGACAAAGGCUGUAAUGGUGAGGUGCUACCUGCUCUGUUUACUAACUCUUGCACUGUGUUGUGCUUCUGGGUUAGUAUGGGCUGAUAGUCCUAAACCUUUUACUGUUGGUGUUCCUUCUCUUGUUCGUCGUGCUACUCCUGUGGGUGACAAGAGUAAAAGGACUGACGAAGAUGGAGCAGAAGUAGGAGAGGAGGAAUCUGAAUCUCCUACUUGUGGUGAUAAUUCGGAUUCUCCUCGUUGUGCUAAAACUAUUGCUGCCGACAUCCAAGGGGGUGUAAAAGCCCCUAAACAGUUGGAUGAGAAGGAUGCUCAUAACUUGGAAAAGGAAGCAUUACCACAACCUGCUGAUUCAGAGAAUGAGAAGUUAUUACAGGCUUCUGGCCCAUCCUUAGUCAGGGGUGAAGGUGUAUCUCCAGGUGCUAAAGAAGUAGCGAAAUCUGUAGAAUCUGCAUCCACUCUACCACUACAAUCUAAACAACAGGAUCAAGACCUUUCUGUUACUAUUACUCAUCCUCUUCCUCCUGGUCCAACAUCAUUAACUAUAUCUGAUCCUGGUGCUUCUUGCGCCAGUCCAUCUGGUGUUGUUUUAGGCUCUACCUGUCCUAAUAAUCGAACUUCUCCUGGUGUUGGUGAUAAUGGUACUCUUCACACAUCCCAAAGCCCUGAGACUGUUACUGUUGGUAGAGAGGGCAAACCGCAGCAUUUGAGUUAUGAUAGACCGGAACCAGAUACUGCUGCUUCGGGACACACUGGUACGUCAAUUCGUGGAGACCCAGUUGUGAGUAAAGAAGGUUUGUCUAGAACAGACGGUAAAGAGGGAAGGGAGGAAAAUGGAAAGAGAGUCGAUGAAACGGAGAGUACUGAAGCAUCACCUAAUACUGACGGUAGUGUUGAAGUGGGUACACACAAAAACGUGAAUCGAGAUGCAGGAGACAAUGGUGUUCAGUCUAAUUCACCAACUUCACCUGCACCUACAGAGAAUCAUUUGACAAAGGACAAAAUCAGUAAUGAUGGGGAAUCAACCUCAACCACCACUACCACAACCACAACAACAACAACACUUCUUCCUGAACUCACAAACAACAACAAGGCUAAUGUUGACAGCAGCAGUAUCAGCAGUUCUGUGUGGGUGCGUGUACCACUACUGAUUGUGGUUACACUGGCCUGUAUUCUUGUGUGCUGA